AUGGUGGGGAUAAUACCCAUGGCGUCCUCAAUCAGACCCUCGCUAUCUACGUUGAGGUUCGCUGGGGCUUCUCGCUUGGGCCUUUCUCUCGCUUCCUUCACUCCUCGGAGACUCGCUUGCUUUCACCUCGCUAGUGCUGUGCCACAGUCACAGUCUUUCGGUCUGAAAGCUUCUAAACUGUUGAGAGGAGAUGGUAAAACCAUAGGGGUGGCUGCUGGUGGGAAUGCCGCGCAAGCAAGCACAACGGCUACCCCGGAAAAUGUCCUAGAGUGGGUCAAACAGGACAAGCGGAGGCUGCUCCAUGUUGUUUACCGCGUCGGGGAUUUGGACAGAACCAUAAAAUUCUACACAGAGUGCCUGGGAAUGAAAUUGUUGCGGAAACGUGACAUACCAGAGGAAAGAUACACCAAUGCUUUUCUCGGAUAUGGGCCAGAGGAUUCCCACUUUGUUAUUGAACUCACUUACAAUUAUGGAGUUGACAAGUAUGAUAUUGGAACUGCAUUUGGUCAUUUUGGUAUUGCUGUUGACGAUGUUGCCAAGACUGUGGAACUCAUAAAAGCAAAGGGUGGCAAGGUAACACGAGAACCUGGUCCAGUCAAAGGUGGCAAUACAGUAAUCGCAUUUGUUGAAGAUCCUGAUGGUUAUAAGUUUGAACUUUUGGAAAGAGGGCCUACCCCUGAGCCCUUAUGUCAAGUUAUGCUUCGUGUGGGUGAUCUUGAUCGUUCCAUAACUUUUUACGAGAAGGCUUUUGGCAUGGAGCUUCUUCGCAAAAGAGAUAAUCCUGAGUACAAGUAUACUAUAGCAAUGCUGGGUUACGGCCCUGAAGACAAAAAUGCUGUUCUGGAGUUGACAUACAAUUAUGGGGUCACCGAAUACGACAAAGGAAAUGCUUAUGCUCAGAUAGCUGUAGGCACAGAUGACGUCUAUAAAACUGCUGAAGCAAUUAAACUCUGUGGGGGCAAGAUUACCCGGGAACCUGGGCCCUUACCUGGUAUCAACACAAAGAUCACUGCUUGCUUGGACCCUGACGGUUGGAAGUCGGUUUUUGUGGACAAUGUUGAUUUCCUCAAGGAAUUGGAGUGA